GGUUAUACCUAAUAAAUGGGAUGAAAGAAAUGAAAUGAACCGCACCACCGCCGCCAACCAACCACUCGGUCACGUCGACCGGGCCCGCCUCUGCAUCGAGUCAACAGACCCCCUGGCAGCGGGCAAAUCUGCCGCAUCAGCAGUGGGCGCGCGUCGUGGGCGCACAUUUUUUUUGCGCAGUCAGAACUCUGCGGCGUUUGCGUGGUCGUGACGCGUCGCGUUCCCUAUUCCGAAAUCGGAAACCGCGGUUUUUGCGGGGCCCCUUAUCGCACCCUCUCAGGGCUCGGCAUGACGCCACCCCCUUCGCCGCCCCCUGUAUGCCAUGAGUUGUGGUCCGGAGCGAGGGGGUGGAGGGAGCAGAAGGGAGCGGAGGGAUCGCCACUGAGUCGGAGACCGUGAGCCGAGAGGGACCUCUCCUGCAGCACAGAGAGCAGUCACCAAGGGCAGCUAUGGCGGGGCAGCAGGAGCAGCAGGAUCAGCAGCAGGAGCAGCAGCACAACGGCGUGGCGGAGACGCAGCACGAGUCGCCGAGGACAGCCAUGUUUGCGUACAGCGGGAUUCUGUUCCCCAGCAACAUCCACAGCGCCGAGACGCUGGGCUACGCGCGCGAGUUCCCCGUGCGCUCCUAUGACCUCUUCGUGGUCACCUACCCCAAAUCAGGCACGACGUGGAUGCAGGAGAUCGUGACCCUGCUGUACAGCGACGGAGACCUGGGCCCCGUGCAGUCGGUGCCCAAUUGGGAGCGGGUUCCCUGGCUGGAGCAGGACACGGGCAGAAAGCACCUGGAGCAUCGCGCCUCUCCCCGCCUCAUCACCACCCACCUGCCCUUCCAGCUGGCGCCACGUGAGAUCGGCCAAGCCAAGGCCAAGGUCAUUUACAUGGCGAGGAACCCCAGGGACAUCCUCGUGUCCUCCUACAACUUCCACAAGAUCGCCCGCUUCCUGGAGGAGCCCGGCACCUGGGAGGAAUUCUACGACAAGUUCUGUGAAGGCAAAGUGCUGUUCGGCUCCUGGUUCGAGCACGUCAGGGGCUGGCUUGAGAACCGAGACAAGGUGGACCUCUUCUUCGUGUCCUACGAGGACCUACACCGGGACUUGGAGGGGGUCGUGCGCCGACUGUGCCGCUUUGUGGGCCGGGAGGCGAGCGACCGGCUCACGGAGGUUGUCGCCUCCCACUGCCGCUUCUCCAGCAUGAGGGAGAGCCGCAUGGUCAACUACUCGCUCGUCCCCGAGCAGUGGAUCGACCACAAGCGCGGCAGCUUCAUGCGCAAGGGAGUGGUCGGCGACUGGAAGACUCAGUUCACGGUGGCUCAGAGCGAGCACUUUGACGAGCUGUACGAGGAGCGGAUGCGAGGAGUGACGAUGAGCACCUCGUCAGAGACCCUGGAGCCGUGACGCGUCACGGGGGAUGAGGGGUGCCACGUGGCCCAGUGGUGCACCCAGGGAAAAAUAAACCGUUCAAAGGCAGGAAUUGAUUGCCAAGGAAUUAUUGGAUAUAUGCUGAGUUUUCAUCGUCUCAUUAAUUGUACUGUAUCGAACUUUAAAUAUGCAUCGAUAAUUAUUAAGUUUUUUGCAGUUUAAAAUUUCUAGAAUAAAAAAUGGCCUGAUAUACAAUGGCCAUCCAAUGUUUUUAAACAGAUUAAUAUAGUGGCCUCUCAUGCUGGAGGGCUCCUAUAUUAUUAGCGAUGAAGAAUCGAUAUCAAUCGCCGAGUCAACGCAUUGUUCCAUGCCUACUGUUGAGCUUAACCAUCCUGAUGGGAACUGAAAUUGUCAAGAAUGUUACUAUUACGAUGUGUUUAACACAUACUCUAUUGAUUGCUAUCAUUGGAAUAUUAAACUGUCCAGUACUUGGUGUGGUACUUUGUGUGAAGCGGUGAUGUUGAACACAAAUGCGAUGGAAAGGGUUGAUUGUUGCUUCACGAACUGCUUUCAGUAACCGGUUGCACGGAAUAUUAAAAUUGUCUUGACCAGAUGAGUGCCUCUUCUCUGCCCUCGUGAAAUCGGUGUUUCUAUUUUACAUGUUCACCAAAUCGAUCUGUGGAAAAUCCUAUCAUAUGCUCAUUUACUCUUCCUAGUAUCCAGUCUCCACGCUAAUUCAAGAACAAGGUGCCUCACGGGGAGUGCCCUGGGUAUGUUGCAUUUCUUUCGCACCGUACGUCUCUCCGGCCCCGAGUAGCCCACAGAACACCCCGACACAUCGCGACUGAGAAGACCGCGUGCCCCGGACGGCGAGACAUCACCCAACCCGACUUCUCACACUC